AUGUCCGUCUUCUCAGAAAACAGUUCAGACUCAUCCUUUGGUCCUGUUUCUGAUGCUCGAUCGUUCGAUUUCACUCUUCUAUUUGAAGAUACAAUCCUUACAAUUGUUCCAGCUGGAGUAUUCCUGGUGGCGGCUGGGGUACGGACGGCAUGGCUCAUCAACAAACCCAACACAGUUACAUCCUCAUUUAGCCGCCUGACCAAAUUGGUGAUACUUUCGGCCUUUGCAACCACCCAGUUGACGGUCCUCGUCUCAAGAAUUAGCAAUCUAGACGUGGGAACCAAGGCAUCUAUACCUGCCACCGCCCUCGACUUCACUGCAGCUUGUGCCUUGUUCCUGCUCUCCUGCUUCGAACAUUCUCGCUCGGUCACGCCAUCGACCAUUAUCGGUUUAUAUUUGCUGAUAUCUGUUCCGUUUGACGCGGUCAGACUUCGGACCUACUUCCUUCUAGACGUCUUUGGCUCUCGUGGUUUGGCCAAUUUACUGUCUCUGUCCCUGGCCAUCAAGCUAAUUGUCCUGAUCGCCGAAGCCAUUGAGAAGCGAAGUAUUCUUCUUGAGCCCUACCGCGACCUGCCACCUGAAGCGACCAGUGGAAUCUACAACAAAACUGUCUUCUGGUGGUUGAACCCCCUACUCAGUCUUGGGUUCCGCACAACUCUGCGGACGGAUGACUUGUUUACUCUGGAUAAAACGCUGUCUUCUGCUGAUACUCACAAAAGGUUUCAGCGCGAAUGGUCAUCGACUAAGGUCGUUGGCCGAUUUAGCCUUUUGUUGACCACGGCCAAAGUGCUGAAAUGGCAACUUCUUAUCUCAGCCAUUCCUCGAUUGUGUCUAUCGGCAGCCAGAUUCACACAACCAUUUCUCGCUCGCCAGACCAUCAAUUUCGUCGCCCACCAAGAGCAACCUUCUGCAAAUGGAUGGGGUUUAGUCGGGGCUUACUUCCUCAUCUACCUCGUUCAGGCAAUCUCAACAGCAGCCUACAGACAUCUCUUGAAUCGAUGUGUCACUCAGGUGCGAGGUGGCUUGGUCUCACUGUUAUACAACAAAACAGCCGAGUUACGUAUGGGAACAGUGGACCCCACGGCUUCUUUGACGUUGAUGUCAUCUGAUAUUCAACGCAUGACGGAGACAUUGAUACUGGUCCACGACUUGUGGUGUAGUGUCAUCGAAAUCGGGAUCGCAAUGUUUUUGCUGUAUCUCGAUCUCGGUGCAGGGUGCGCAGGCCCAGCCAUUGUUUACGUUCUCCAGCUCGUGGGAACUGCUUGGGCGACCAAUGUCAUUUCAGCCUAUCAGAAGAGCUGGCUCAAUGCCAUUCAGACUCGUGUAAGCUUUACCUCGAGUCUGCUGCACUCUAUGAGAAACGUCAAGCUUCUCGGGAUGUCAUCCAUCAUCAAAGACCGCACUCAGAACCUCCGCGUGGACGAAGUCAACGAGUGCAAGAAGUACCGCUUCAUCAACAAUUUUAUCAUCCUAUUCCAGAACUCCGCUGGUAUCUUUGCGCCGUUUGCGGCAUUUCUUUUCUCCUACCUCCAAUCACGGUCAACGAACCAAUCUCUGAAUUUAGCCACAUCGUUCAGCAUUCUCACUAUCCUUCGCCUGGCCGAGGUUCCACUGAAUGUCAUAUGUUAUUCUGCACCGCAUGUGGCAUCCUCUAUAGCAUGUUUCGAACGAAUCCAACACUAUCUUCUUGCUGAUUCUUGGCAUGAUAACCGACUCUCCUUGACCAAGUCUACGGAUGCUAGCGACCCCUGGGAAAGUGAAAUCCUGGGCCCUGGUGCUCUCGAAAUGAGUCGGCUGAGUGGCGAGAGACGUACUUUAGCGACCGAAGCCGUAUCGUUGAAAGAUUGCUCGUUUGGAUGGAAUAGAGAGGAUAUCAUCUUGAAAGAUAUCGAUGCGACUAUACACUGUGGAUCCCUUACUAUGAUCAUUGGUCCAGUUGGGUGCGGAAAGUCUACUCUUUUGAAAGGGAUUCUGGGAGAGACCCCAGUAACCCAAGGAUUCGUUUACCUUCGGAAUAAAUCUAUUGCCUUUGCUGAUCAGGAACCGUGGAUCCAGAAUGCCACGAUCAGAGACGCUAUAAGAGGUCCACGUGCUUGGGAGGAUCGACCGCUUGACCGCCCAUGGUAUCAAGAGGUGAUCAAUUGUUGCGGGCUCGCUGAAGACAUUGUGGCUUUCCCACUUGGAGAUAUGACCUUGAUUGGCUCCAAGGGAAUCUCCUUGAGCGGCGGACAGAAGCAAAGAUUGGCACUUGCCAGGGCACUGUACACAAAGGCAGAGAUUUUACUCCUUGACGACGUCUUUUCUGGACUGGACAAGGACACUGAGGAGCACAUAUUCAAGAAGCUUUUCAGCAAAUCGGGUCCCUUGCGCAGAAUGGGCACAACCGUGAUCAUGGUAACUCAUGCCGUUCAUCGUCUUUCACACGCGGAUAUGAUCCUGAGUGUUGGCGAAACGGGUCAAAUCACAGAACGAGGGCCAUUAUCGGUACUACUCCAAGGAUCUGGAUAUGUGCAAAGUCUCAACCUCAAGGCUAAGCAACGCAGUAAUGAACAGGAAGAAAGUCAUGCAGCCGAGCCAGAGAAUACUAGCUCUUUGUUCAAGACGAGAUCAUCAUUGACUACCACCAGCGUUGAAGACAAUGAAGCCCGGGAUCUAAUACGUCGGACCGGUGAGUGGUCUAGUUACAAGCACUGGUUUAAAUCCUGCGGAUAUGUUUCCAGCCUUCUGUCUCUCCUGGAAGCCAGCCUAUGGAUGGUAGCUGUUCAGACACCCGGUGUGCUUGUCAAAAUAUUCUCUCACAGCAUGAGCAGCGACUCCGGUCAGUCAUCGUCAUCGUCGGCUGCCACAACAUUCAUAACUCUCUUUGGUGUAACCACCAUCAUUGCUUCACUCUCAGUCCUUGGAGUUGCCUGGCAGAUCUUCUUGGACAUGGUGCCUCGGAGUGCUCAAUUUCUACACCUCAACCUGCUGGAAUCGGUGGUCAACGCGCCGCUUUCCUUCUUUACCAGAACCGAUGUUGGCACCAUCACGAACCGUUUCAGUCAAGAUAUGGGUUUGGUUGAUGCCGACCUGCCAUACUCCUACGCCGACUUUGUUCUGUCACUGGUGUCUUGUGUGGCUGGUAUAGCGCUGAUGUCAGCAUCGGGGUCCGGCUACUUUGCAGCCAUUAUUCCAGUGCUCCUUGGAUCUUUAUACGUAAUCCAGAAGUACUACCUUCGAACUAGUCGACAAAUGCGGCUCUUGGAUCUCGAAGAAAAAGCGCCUCUGUACACGCUCUUUGGAGAGACGGCCGCUGGUCUCGCCAGUAUCCGGGCCUUUGGCUGGACAGAUCGAUUUGCGGACAGAAAUCUUGUCUUGCUCGAUCGAAGCCAGCGCCCAUUCUACCUCAUGUUCUGCAUCCAGCGGUGGCUGGCUCUCGUUCUAGAUCUCCUGGUCGCCGGCCUCGUUACUGUACUGGUCAUUAUCGUUGUAGUCCGCAGGGACUCGAUGGACCCUGGGCUUGUCGGUCUCGGUCUUCUCAGUGCUGUCAGUCUAAGCAACAGUUUGACGGAAUUGGUCAAAACCUGGACCUCACUCGAGACGAGUGUUGGUGCCAUCAGUCGUUUGCAGGAGUUUGCGCGGACUACCGAAUCAGAGCACAAACCCUCCGAAAUCCAAACUGUCCGUCCGACCUGGCCUGAGAAUGGCGAAGUCGACUUCCGUGGAUUUGAAGCUAGCUAUUCGAUUCAAUCACCAUUGGUUCUGAGAGAUAUCGACCUCAGAAUCAGACUGGGGGAGAAAAUCGGUAUUUGCGGCCGAUCUGGAAGUGGCAAAAGCUCAAUGUUAGCAAGCCUGUUCCAUCUACUAGAGUUUCGAAAUGGGAGCAUCGUUGUUGAUGGCGUUGACGCGUCGACCAUCCCCCGGGAGACAUUACGAUCUAGGUUGAAUGUUAUUCCACAAGAACCGUGGUGGGUGACGACGGAAACGGUACGAUUUAAUAUGGAUCCUUGGGGUGCCAAUGACGCCGCUGGCAAAACUCCACUGGCACGAGACGCCGACUUUAUCUCUGCCCUGAAGAAGUGUCAGAUCUGGCAAGUUAUCGAGGACAAAGGAGGUCUUGACGCCGUCAUGACACCAGAGUUUCUAAGUCAUGGUCAACGCCAAUUGUUCUGUCUGGCUCGUGCUAUCCUACGAGAGAGCAAGGUCGUUGUUUUGGACGAGGUCAGCGCGAGUGUUGAUCUAAAGACAGACCUGGUCAUGCAACAGGUUAUCAAGGAGUGCUUUGAGAGCUGUACCGUUAUCUCCGUGGCCCAUCGCCUCAACACAAUUGAUGAUGGUGAUCGGGUGGUAGUUCUCCAUCAAGGUCGGAUAGUUGAGGUUGGUGAUCCACAACUUCUGUUGAGAGCGUCCAAGAGUCGCUUUAAGGAGCUUUAUGAGACAUGAUAGACGC